ACAGACCUGUCAUCAUUAUCGUUUCAAAAGUCAAAUGCGUCAGGAGCACGGAGACGUCAUGUCAUUGUUUCAAGCGUGUCCUCGCGUCUCGUUAACCCGUCGUUAUAAAUAAAUAAAACGUAUCACCGAUCUAUUUCGAUUAAACGGAGCGUCAGAAUUUAUCUUUCUGCACAUUGGACGUCGCCAUAGCAGCUUUUCUCCCUAAUUCAUUUCUUGCAAAUCAUUUAAAACUCUCACAUACGUGAGUAUUAAUAAUAUACGGUAGGAAUGGCUGAUGUCAGACUCCUUAUUCAAGAAGAAGGUCGUUCAGCUCGCAAUUUGAUAGCAUUCAACGUCCCAGUUGUGUCAAAUAAUACUGAAAAGGUCCUUCGCAAACCACCAAGCAUUCCAAAAAUCUCUCAGCCAACACCGACCAAAAGGUGUUCAAAACCAACAACCAGAGUAAGAUCAGCGUCAACAGGAAGAGAUAAAAAAUCUGAACUUCAGGCCAGAUACUGGGCCUUUCUCUUUGGCAAUCUUCAGCGGGCUGUAGAUGGAAUAUACCAGACAUGUGAAGAGGAUGAGAGCAUAUCCGAGUGCAAGGAGGUGAUACUAGUCCUUGAAAAUUACACCCGUGAUUUUCACAAUCUGAUAGAAUGGUUCAAAGUAAAAUGGGCCUACGAGAGCACUCAGCCUCCACUAAGGCGUGUGCCGCUAGCUUGGGAGGUCAGAAAAACUUCUCCCGGCAGAGCUUGGGGGUCGUCAGGAACACAGAAAUCUAUCAGCCCUGUCCAGAGGUCGAGUCCCACAGGAUCAUCAUGCAAGAGUCCAGUCGACCAAACGAUUAUCGAAGACAAAGUGAUCGUCACUGAUAUACCGGCUAAAGUUGCAGCCAACAAGGAUCAAGAAUCUGGUCUUACCAGGCCUGGAAAAGACUUAAGAAACACUUCUGAAAGUGUUUUAAAAAACGAGGUGAAGUCCUUCAAAGAUAAGCCCAAAAAUCUGAACGAAAAGGUUUUGGAGCCUGUUCAGAACAGGGGGAAAUCGUCUCCUUUGAAAUUAAUUGCCUCUAAAACCCCCUCCAAAAGGACAGAGGUGAGAAGUCAAAAUAAGUCUGGUGCAAUAAGCGAGUCAAAAAUCCAGGCUGAAAUGUCCAACGACUGCAAAAUUGUCCCUAAUACAGAAGGUGGUAAAAAGUCGAAUACCAGUAACCCGAUUGUUGAUAAAUUACCGCUGGAAAGUAACAUCAAAAGUAAAUCUAGCGAAGGUGUGACAGAAGCAAAUGGUGAAGAUAUUUUAGGGGGCAAAAAUGGUGGGGAUGUGGUUAAGGAAGCUAGAGACGGAGUUUCACUGAAGUCUGAUAACAUUGAUGACAAGGUCGGUGGAAAACACAACGCAAGCAAGGUUGUGCCUAAAUCCACCAAACCAGUCAUGCCGGCUUAUUCUACUGUCUCGAGGAUGAGACCAGCGACUGCUGCCCCAGCCCAAAACUUGACCGAAACUCCCAAAAUAGUGAGAAGCAAAACUUCUGUGUGCAUGAAGAGAGGCUCAAAUGUUUCACGAGCCAGACCUGGAACAUCCGUUAUUGUUAGAAAGAGAUUGCAGCCUACUUCUUCAAGCACUACCGUACAAACACAGGAAUUUUUACGAGGAGAUGAAACAAAGGACCUUGGCGGUUCUGUUGAGGUUUUGACGAAGCAGGGGUCAACAGUUAAGGUGAAAGAUGAGAAGGACGGUUGGCAGACAGUGAGGAGUCGUUACAGACGAGGUAGUACGCACAAUUUGAACAUGUCCACCAGAUUCCACAAGCCGAGUACUGCGAUGUCCCUGCCAGCAUUGUCAAUCGAAAGUUCUCCAUCGGACAAGAGCAAAAAGAGUUGUUUUACUCCGGACUGUGGUCAGAGGGUGAAGAAGAGGUCUAUAAAUGGAAAGACAGGAAAAAACAUAAUAAACGAAGUUGAGAAAAUAACCAAGGGAGACAGUAAGAGGCUGAAGACUAAAUACAAGGGCGAUGAUAGUGAGAAGAAAUCAUCCACCUCCCUGGAUUUUAGCGAAAAUGAAAGCAACUCCACAUUGACGAUAGCAGCUAUUUUUAAGAAUGAAGCUGAACUGCUAGAGAGAAGAAUUCAGCAGUUUGUUGAAGCGCAGGCCGAAAGGGAGCGUGUCAUAUUAGAGGAGGAACAAAAACGAGAAGAAGCCGAUUCUCAAAGGUCUCAGCAGCUCUCUGACGAGGAGGCUUUCCUGCAAAGACAAAUACAGGAACUUGAGUCCACUGAAAUUGACGUCGACACUGAAACGGAUGAAACCGACGGCGAAACUGUCCUGGAAACCGAAGGAGAUGAGCCUCUGGAAACUUUAAAUGAUUCAACGGACGAUAUCAGUCUUGAAGAUAGAUAUGAAAACAUGCUUGAGGGCAUGUCUUGGGCUGAAAGAGUCGACACUUUGGCUCAACUCCAAGCUCUGGUGGCUCGGCAUCCCGGCAGAGCCCUGGAGUUGCACCAGAAGCUGUCUUCACCAUCCCGAAAGCGAUCUUUGCCAGAAACGUUGCGUCGUUAUCAAGCUAAGCAAGCUUGCGCACAGCGAAAACGUCAGAUAUUAUUAAUGGAAAAGUCUCAGCGGCUCAGAGAACUUCUGAACAAAGUUGAGGACGUUAAAAGUGCCAAAAAUCAGUUGAUCGAAGACAAGAGAAUAAGGAUGGAGACCAAGCUGAAAAGAGCUGAGGAAAAUCGGACUCAACAUUUGCUAGAAAUCGUCAGAAAGGCACAUGAUGAAGACUCGAAACUGAAGGAAAUCGCUUUUAUCAACGAACUUGAGGCGCAAAAUAAACGACACGAUUUCAUGGCACUUUGUCAAGAGCAGGAGGAACGACUGCAGGGUAUCCAAGAAGAACGUCAGCGUCGACAAGAAGAGAAAGCGGCAAAAGAAGCGGCUGCGGAAGAACGUAGACGUGCCUUGGAGGUCGAAAGACAGCUGAGGAUUCAAAAGAUGAGACAAGUUCGUCGAGAGCGCGAGGAACGCGUCGGGAAAAUGCAGCUGGAACGAGAAAAGGAACGACAGGAACUGGCCAGAGAAAAGGCAAGAGACCGGGAAGAGAGAUUGUCGGCUCUGCAUGCUGCUCAGUUGGCCAAUCAGGAAGAACUGCAGAAGAAAAUAGCCCACAAGCAACAAGAGUCUGCUAGGAGACAUGGCGAAAAUAUUGAACACAUAAGACAGAGGGCUGUGGAGUCUUCUAUACUGAGAUGCGAGGAGGUUCCGCCAACUUUGAGGUCUUACCCAGCUCCGAAGCAGUGUUGUUUAUGCAUGGCAGCGAUAACCAACGAAGUGCAACUUCUGACUCACCUUAAAAGCAAAGCGCACCUUGAGGCAGUUAGGAAAAUGCAUGAUGGACGAGAACCGCCGAGGGACGAGAUGCAGCGCUUCAAUAUUACCCAGAUACGCGAUGUUCCGACCUCGUCCCAUACCAGUAACAAUGCAAACAACAAUCCCGCGAACGAUACCAAGGCUGCCAAGGAGAAACAAAAAGCCUUGAAGCGUAGGUGCAGGAAAAUGAAGCAGAGAAUGGCUGCGCGAGGACAAGAAUGGGAAGACGCCCAGACUGCCGAGACUGGAGGACCUCAGACGUCCGUUGAAUCGGCGAACAAGGCCAAAUUUCGAAGGAAUCUCAAGGAAUUGGAUAGACUUUGCAACAAUCACGGAAAAACUGCAUGGCCAAGCGUCGCCGUCGCUGGACUGGAGCGAUGCGUCGGCGAGAUAUCGAGGGCUUUUAAUAAAUACUGCGCUUCGGAUCAGGAUGCUUUUAAUUCUCUGAAUGGAUUCGCUACCUUGACAAACCUGCUCAACCUCGGCCUGAAUGUGCAAAAUACGUCACAUUGCUUGCCCAACAAGAGCAUCGUAUCCGUUUGCAAAGUCUACAAAGCCGCUGUUCACGGACAUUUGGGCAACAUCGAAACCGUCUUACUGGGCAACAAAAUCCUCGUCAUUCUCGACCUUCUUUUACAGUGGCUAGAGGCAGCUACCGGAUGCGAUAAUAAUGCUCACACGCCUAACCACGAAUCGAACAAUAAUUCGACCGGAAGUGGUCAAGUGGCGACAGCGGCGAUGCAGCUUAUCUCGAGCCUCUUUGUCCAGGAGGUGAUUUCCGUCCAAGACAAGCCACUCGUUCAUAGCCGUCUUCAGGAGGUCAUUGGAUAUUUAGUGGCCGGUGGUCUAGUCGAACGAGUGUCACGUCAGAGCCGUUCGUUGAUCGAGACCGACGCCUUCCAGGAUCAGGACUACGAGGCGCCGUUGAUGGUUGCCUCCUUCGAGCUUCUCUCCAGGAUUUGCUAUCACCUGAGUCGUUGUUCGGGUCAGGAGCACAAUGCUCAGGGUGCUGAGGGCGGCGGACCCGGGGAACAAACCUCCGCCCGUAAUCACCUCCUAGGAAGUCUUGCGGCGACUGAAGGGGCGGGAGCAGUAGGAGUUCUGUACGCCGCCCUCGUACUGCCUGGACACAGUCUUCAGAAGAGCUCUUCACCCACCCCAAACCAAACCACACUGUCAACACCAGCGAGGAAUCUUGCACUUCGGGCUCUCACUCUUCUCAGACAUUUUGCUGAGAUGGAUUUAGCCAAGAUGCAGGAAUUCCUCGGCGCCGAAGCAACUAGUCUACAAUUUCGUCUGAUCGCCAGUCAUCUGAUUGGACGAAUGUCUCGGGAGUCACACACUGCUGAGAAACAGGAUGCCGACAGUAGGCUGAUACUGUCCGAGCUUUUCUCCGUCCUUGGAUACUUCACCGUCAACAACCGGGAGAACCAGACUGUACUUCAGUCCGGUGCUGCCGGGUCCAGUGUUCUGCAGCAGCUCUGCUCCCUGCCAUUUCCGUUCUACGGGGAUCCACGAUUAUCAUCGUUCACGUUACCAACAUUACUGGCAGCUACCCAACGCAAUCCAGAAGCAACGGCCGUUUUGUCAUGCGAGUUGUCCUACCAGCUACUUGAAGAAUACCGCAACUCCGAUGAAGGGAAGCAAAAUCCUCUGGUCCGUUUGUUGAUGCGAAAUGAACACGUCGAAUGAACGAUCCUUAUAUAAGCUGUGAUUGAUAAUUUCGAUUUAUUUUAUUUUAUUUCUUACUUCUCACCAAUUUGUUUCGCUUAAAUUUCGUUUUUGUUUUCCGUCUUUUUCAUUUCCUUCCAACGCUCACGUUUUUGAACCGUUGUAAUUUUCUUUUUCUCGUACCGUUAUUAUUUUUGUUAUUAUUAUUAUUACCGUUGUAUAUUAGUUUUGCAUUCAAACGGAACUGAUAUGUCGUGAUCAUCAACCGCCAACAACUACUAUAUACACUCCUAAAAGUCAUUACAAUUUACACACACCAUUAAUUAUACUUAUCUAUUUAAAUAUACAUAUGUAGUGUUUCUAUAUUAUACGAUAUACGCGUUUGUAUAUACAUGGAGACUUAAUUAAUUUUUUCCGAGAUUACUUCGUUCCGCUUAUUAGAUUUUCGGUUAUAUUAUCGUUUUAUAUUAUUAUAUUAUCGUUUGUUUUAUUUUGUUCCUCCACGUUUACGUGAUUGCAGGCAGAAAAUUUCGUUUACAGCUAUACUAUUUUUAUUCUUCUCGUUAUUAUUAUUAUAAUCUUUUUUUUUUUUUGUUCUUUCCAAUCUUUCGUUUUCCGUAUGUGCCAGAUCGCUAAAUCUUGUAUUUAUAUACAUUACAGUCUACUCGCAGGGUGGUUGUAGUUACCUUCAAAAUCGUAUCAGAGAAAUUUAAACAUCGCAGGUGAAAUGCGAUUGAAUGUUUAUAAAUUUGACAGACUACUAUGGAUAUAGAUUUUUAUUUCAGAAGUUUCGUUCAUAUCCGGUUUUUGUUUCCAAUUCCCUCGAUUCGUGCAACGAAAUGAAUCUGAUGGCUUGAUAAUUGACAAAUCAAUAAAUUGUAAACUUUGAUAUCUUCAACGGUUUUUUAAUGAAUAACAAACAACAAUAGUCAGAUAUUAUUUCGCGGAUAUUUAAAAAAAAUAUAUAAACCAAAAAUUCCUUCCCGACCGAAUAAACUUGAAUGCAUCGAAACCUCUUCUACGUUUUAUAUUUAUAUAUAUAUAUAUAUAUACAAAGUAAAAUUAAAAAAAUGUAUUUAAACAAUAAAUAAAGACUAACGUGGCGGAUAAAAAAUUUGGUACAUUCCGUCGCGUCUAAUCUCAAAUACGCGUAAUUCUUUCUGAGUUUUCGUUCUCGUUCUACAACCGCUCUGAAGUAACAGUAAUAUUAAUAACCAACACACGUUAUAUACACACGUGCGAAGAUAGACUGUAGUCAUAGUUAAUACAUAAGUAAAGCUGUGUCUUUUGAGCAGGCCUUUUGAUGUUUUUUUAUCUAUACAUAUACACCUUAUACUUAAGGAGAUAGGAAAUUAAGAUGAAAGUUCGCGGACGCGGAAGUGAAGUGAUCGGUCCACGUGGUUAACAAAACCGAAAGAAAUUUAACAACUAGAAGAGAAUACGGUAAAUGAACGUGGGUAGGUAGAGAAAAAGAAAAAAAAAAAAGUAUGAUCUAGAAAGAAACAAUUCCUAAGUAAUAAAAUUUAAUACCAGCUUUGUCAGCAACUUUUUGAUACAAGCUCUGUAAAAUACUCGUGUAUCUUUCUUUCAAUAACCGUUAAUGCCUGCUUUUUCUAUUGAUCCGUGGAACUUUCACCGAGCUGCAAGUGUCUCGUAAGUGUUCAAAAGUAUUACCUACCAUACUUAAUAUUGCAUGUAUGUACAACACUAAACGUGUUAUAAUGUGUUUACUGUUUACCUAUUAUUAAUUAACUAUAAGCUAGUGUUCUCUUUAUUAAUUAUAUUACGUUUUGAUCGGUUUUUUUUUUUUUUUACCUCUUUAUUCGUCUAUUUAUCGAAUGUAAAGAAAACGCGUUUAGGAAAGGGCCGCGGGUGAGAAUCAUAGCGGACUCACUCGGCCGUUUUAUUAAAAUGAUAUAAGAUUGAAGUAUAAUUAAAAUGCAAUUGUUACGGCAAUCGUGAUAUUAAUAUAUUGUGUAAAUUAUUUGACGCUAGGUAAUUAUUGGUGUUAUUUAAUCAAGCCUGUCGAUUAUUCGCUAAUUGACUCGUCAGAUUUUUCCAUCCACAACAGCAGCAGCAUCAUUAGCAUUAAAACGCCCGGAACAUAAUUAUUGCAUAGAAUAGAUAUACGGUAAUACACAUUAAUACCUAAUAGUUGCAUAGUUUUUGUUCAACGAAAUCGUACCUACGUUAAAUACAUAUAAUUCGAUUGUCAACGGAUGUAUAAAUCGGUCUACGUGCAGCGGUGUAAAAUAUAUGUACAUAGUGAAUUUUUAACGACUAGGCGUUCCAUUGUCCGCUAAAAUUUAACGCGCAUGCGCUACAAUCCGAGAGCGGCUGUUUCCCAGGGCAACCAACUAUAUCUAACCUCAAAAAUUUAUACAGUUGUGAAUUAAGCACAACUGCCAACGACAACUGUCAAAUCUUUUUAGGCCAGAGACAGUUGGCGACCCUGACAAACAGUUGUUCUCAGAUUAUAACGCGUGCGUAUUAAAUUUUAACAGACGAUGGAUAAUGAAAUCGGUAGGAAUUCACUCUAUACAGCACGGAUCGUGAUAAUAACACUAUCAUUGUAACUAAAUAUUUCCAACUUGUUAUUUUUCUACACAUAUAAUAUAUUAUUAUUCAUAAAUAUAUCUAUAUAUACAUAUACAUAUACGUAUACACACACACACACACAUUUAUUAUACGUAGCUCUAUCUAUGUGUAUAAUGUAUAACUUGAUAUGAAAACAUGUAUAUUUAUUUGAUUAUUUCUUACUUUUCGCAUACGAUUCAGAAAGAUAAGGACAGACACGUUGUCCGUGUAAUAUUUAUAGUCUGAAUAAUUGUUGUUUUCACAUAUUGCACAGAGUAUUUUUAUUUUGUUUUGAUUUUUCAAAUUAUUUUUUUAUGUCGUUAUUCUCAUUGUUGUAUUUAAAGAUAACUUUUCUCACAUUUCUUUCGUCGCGAGGUAUAUUUUGUUUCGAUCUACACAGCGGUGACAUGUUUUUUUUUUUUUUUUUUUCUAUUUUACUCUGGCGUUUCCAACCUUCCGCAGUUCACGAUUAAAAUCGAAAUGUCGUGCAAUUGACGCGAUGGAAUAGCGUCGUAAAAUUCCGAGGUACCGAAAUAUGUAUAACUUGUGUAGUUACACGUUCAUGACUUCGAAGCUACGCGUUUUACCGAAAUUACAUAUACUAUCUACAUCGAGUAUGCAUGUACAUUUACGUGCGCGAUGUCGGUGAUAGGAUCGGUCCCAAAAGUUACAGUUCACCUUAAUUCUGCUCAUUGUCUGCAUAAUUGUCGGUCUUAUAAUUUGUUCAAGUUUCUUCCCAUUUGCAGAUUUCCUCCCCUCACAUCAAAGCGCUUUCUUGAAUUACAUACCAUCUCUGUAUUACGCGUUGAGGAGUAAAAAAAAAAUCAUCAUUAUUCCGAACCGCGAUCGUCGAUUUAAUUUAAAUUAUCAUGAUUAUUAGUAUUCCUUUUGUUUACUCGUUGUUAUAUUCUUCUACUUUGUUUCCUGUUUAAUUCUUUCGAGAAUGGCGUAUAACGAUACAGUAACACUUAUAUACUCUAUAAUAAAUACGCGCAUGUGUUACCCAAGUGAAACAGCUGUGCAAUAAUUGUUCGGUAAUUUAAAUAAAUUCUUAAAUAAAUUAAAG